UAUAUCCAGGCCAUUCGGCCCAUGUUGCGAGCAAGCAAAGCUGAUCGUGCCAUCUGAAUAAUCCUGAUACGCGAGCACCCAGUUUCAACAAAGCCGACAAACUGACUUACUUUGAGCAGCUCAGUUGACCGCAUCCAACCCCCCGACUGUCCCUCGCAGGAUAUAUACACUCCUCUCGGAAGGAUCCCAACCCCUCGCUCGGGGUGCUGCCUCGGCGCCCAUCAUCUCCACGACCCCAGUUCCCCGCAUUCCCCGGAUUCUGCAAAGCGUGAUUCUUGCUAAGAUGGAAGCUCAUGCCGCAUUGACCCCCUCGGAACGAUGGUGGAGAGCAACCGGCUCGUCGAGAUGAUAAAAGACGCCAACAUGCAUCCAUGCAAAGGCACCACUCCAGGAUGUUGAGAACCCCACCACGAUGGCAGACAAAAAGAUCGACAUCGACUAUUUGGAACAUGUCGAGCAAGUGUUGGUGGACGAGACGGGUCGCAUCCAGCGUCUCCCCGUGCCCAGCGAUGACCCCAAUGACCCCUUAAACUUGGCCCUCUGGGAGAAGACAGGCAUCGUGGUGUGCUGCUGUUGGUUCUCCAUCAUGUCUCUCUCCGUCAUCGGCGGACUGGGAUCGGUCUUGGACGUCUUCUUUCAGAUGUACGGCGCCGAAGGCCACAGCACCAACCAGGUCGUAUGGCUCUCGACCUUUCCCUCACUGUUUGUGGGAAUUGGGAACUACAUCAUCCUGCCGUUGGCCCUAAUCUGCGGCCGCCGACCCGUCAUGCUCAUUGCCAAUACCGUCCUGCUGGGUUCCCUCGUCGGCUGUGCCCUCUCGCAGAAUUGGGAGCAACAUUUCGGGUUGCGGAUUUUGUUGGGAUUUGCGACCGGGGCAACUGAAUCGCUCCUGCCUCUGAUUCUGGCCGAAGUCACCUUCAUCCACCAGCGCGGAACCAUCUACGGCAUCUACUGGGCCACCCAGAACAUCGUGACCAGUCUCCUGACGCUGGCCAGCUCCUACGAGGUCGCUGCUCUGGGUUGGCGCUGGUUCUACUGGGUGUUUGUCAUCACCGUCGCCGUCGGCCUGGUAGUUGUCUUAUUCUCUUGCUUCGAGACUCGAUUCCAGCGUCGGGCCGUCAUCAUCGAUGAUCAUGUCGUCGUCACCGAUCAGUACGGCGUGACGCGAGUCCUUAACGCAGAAGAGACCCAGGAAUACCUCUCCCGAGAAGACCACCCUGGCCCUAACUUCGGCGAAGAAACUCCGCCCAAGAAGUCCUACCGCCAGAUGCUCAGCUUAUGGCCCGGCCUGUCUCCCCGUCCACUGCGCACCAUCCUUCUCACCUGGUGGCAGAUGCUCGAGACCUUCAGCUCCCCGGGUAUCAUCUAUGCGACUCUCCUCUCUGCCGUCAUCCUAGGCGGCUCGGUCGGUGUCUCCCUCACCUACAACACCGUGCUGCAGUACAACUACGGCUGGGACGCCGCCAGCAUCGGCCUGAUCAAUCUCGGUGGCGUGUUUGGCGGACUUGGUGGCAUGUUGUACGCCGGUAUAUUCGGCGAUCGCUUCAUUGUGUGGAUGGCCCAACGGUCCGAGGGGGUCCAUAAGCCUGAACACCACCUUCUCUUACUCAUUGGCCCGGGUCUACUUGCCGUGGCCUCAUUAAUCCUGUACGGCUUCACAGCGGAUGGAAACGCCACCUGGGGCGGGCCCUUUAUGGGCUGGACGCUCUACCAAGUCUCGUUUGUCUCCACCCUCAUCCGCACAACAUCCUUUGCGACCGAGGCAUGGGAGAAGAAUCCGGGUCCAGCGUUGGUGACCGUUGUGGGGACGAAGAAUUUGAUUGGAUUUGGGGUCAGCUAUGGAUUGAACCCGAUGGUGGCCAAGUAUAGUUAUCCGGCGGCGAUGGGGAUUCUGGCGGGGGUGGUAGGGGGUGUUUUACUGCUGGGGAUUCCGGUAUACUUUUUGAAUCCGAUGUGGAGAAGAUAUAUCAGCCAACAGAGGACACGGGGGGUGGAGCAGGUCAUUUAG